UGACAAACUUGAAAAGGUGGGGUAAACUUGGUGCGGACAAUGUGAUAAAACUUCGUUCUCUUUCGUCAUUCGAAACAAAAUACUUCUUCCUUUUAGUCAAACCAAUUCAGCGUCCGCUAUGUCGCCGGCGACCAUUUUCCGGGCAAUUUUGCACUUUCUCUGCCUCUUUUGCUUCCUCUCUUUUGCCGUCUCCGACGAGCUUCAGACCCUUUUAACCAUAAAAUCUGCCUUCAAAGAGUCUAGGACAAAAGUAUUUGAUUCCUGGAAUCCCAGUAAUCCUGUUUGCAAUUUUGUAGGACUCACCUGUGAUUCCAAUGGCUUUGUUAAAGAAAUUGAACUCUCCAAUCAGAAUUUGACAGGUUCAGUUCCUUUUGGUUCUAUAUGCAAGCUCCGGUCAUUGGAAAGGCUCUCGCUCGGGUUCAACUCACUCUACGGCCGAGUCACCGAGGAGUUGAACAAUUGUACUGCGCUUAAAUAUUUAGACUUGGGCAACAAUUUUUUAUCGGGGCCAUUCCCUGAAAUCUCAUCAAUUAGUGGAUUGGUGUAUUUAUACGCAAAUAAAAGUGGGUUUUCAGGAGUUUUUCCGUGGAAUUCUCUUGAAAAUUUGACAAAUCUUGCUGUACUAAGUCUCGGCGACAACCCGUUUGAUCGGACGGAAUUUCCGGCGAUGAUUGUGAAGCUUACAAAGCUGAAUUGGCUCUAUUUAUCGAAUUGCAGCAUCAAAGGGAAAAUCCCAGAAGGGAUUGGGAAUCUUGUUGAGCUGAUUGAUUUGGAGUUGUCUAUGAAUUACAUCACCGGGGAGAUUCCGGUGGGGAUUACAAACCUUUCGAAACUGUGGCAACUUCAGCUUUACCAAAAUGAAUUGAGCGGGAAAUUGCCUGUUGGGUUUGGAAAUUUAAGGAGUCUUGAAUAUUUUGAUGCUUCGACUAAUUUUUUGAAUGGUAAUCUUUCAGAAAUCAGAUCCUUGUAUCAACUGGUGUCUCUGCAACUCUUUCAAAAUGAGUUUACUGGUGAACUGCCGGCUGAGUUGGGCGAGUUCAAGAGGCUGGUGAACUUGUCUCUUUACACUAAUAAGCUCACUGGUCAGCUGCCGGAGAAGCUUGGCUCGUGGGCCGAUUUCGAUUUCAUAGAUGUCUCCGAGAACUAUUUCACCGGUCAGAUACCUCCAGAAAUGUGCAAGAAAGGGACCAUGACUCGACUCUUGAUGCUUCAGAACAAUUUCACAGGUCGAAUUCCAGACACAUAUGCAAAUUGCACGACGCUAAUACGUUUUCGUGUUAGUAAGAACUUGCUUUCUGGUCCCGUUCCUGGUGGCAUAUGGGCACUGCCUAAUGUCGAAAUCAUUGAUAUUGCACUGAAUAACUUGGAGGGGCCUAUAACUACUGAUGUUGGAAGGGCCAAGUCCCUGAAACAAUUGUGUCUCGCUAAUAAUAGACUCUCCGGGGAAUUACCAUCGGAGAUUUCUAAGGCUACAGGUUUGGUUUCUAUUGAUUUGAGCGACAAUCAGUUCUCCGGUGAAGUACCGGCAACAAUUGGUGAACUAAAGCAACUGGACAGUCUUGAAUUGCAUAGCAAUGAGUUUUCUGGUCCAAUACCUGAUUCAUUAGGUUCGUGUGAUUCUAUCACUAAUAUUAACAUGGCUCGCAAUUCAUUUACCGGCCACAUUCCGAGAGCUCUCGGGUCAUUACCGACUCUCAAUUUCUUGAAUUUGUCGAGGAAUCAACUCUCUGGACUGAUCCCUGGGAGCUUAGCCUCUCUAAAGCUCAAUCUUCUUGACAUUUCGAACAAUCAUUUGUCCGGUCCUAUACCGGAGUCUCUAUUGAUUCAGGCCAACAGCGGUAGCUUCGAUGGAAAUCAAGGCUUGUGUAGUGAGAAAAUCGGGCAUUUUCAACGAUGUUCACAAAAAUCCAACAUGCACAGGCAUCUCCCAGCACUCAUAUUCUGCUUCAUGGCGGUAUUUUUUGUGUUGCUCGUCUCACUCGUGUACUUUUGUUACAUAAAAAAGAAGACCAAAAAGCGAACUUUGAAGGAAGAAUCAUGGGAUGUUAAAUCAUACCACGUUUUGAGCAUUUCAGAAGAUGAGAUUCUUGAUUCCAUCAAGCAAGAUAAUUUAAUAGGAAAAGGGGGUUGUGGGGAUGUGUAUAGAGUUGUUCUAGCAAACGGUACAGUACUGGCCGUGAAGCAUAUUUGGCAUUCUGAUUCAGGUGACCAGAAAAGGAUCGGUAGCGCAACUCCGAUAUUGGCGAGUCGUGGUAAGAGGUUGCGAGAAUUUGACGCCGAGGUUCGGACAUUGAGCUCCAUAAGACAUGUUAAUGUUGUUAAGUUGUAUUGUAGCAUAACAAGCGAGGACUCAAGCUUGUUGGUUUACGAAUAUUUGCCUAACGGAAGUUUAUGGGACAGACUGCAUACAUCCAAGAAACUGGCACUCGACUGGGAUGCGCGGUACGAGAUUGCUUUGGGUGCAGCGAAAGGAUUGGAGUAUUUGCAUCAUGGUUGUGAUAGGCCCAUAAUUCAUCGCGAUGUCAAGUCCAGCAACAUUCUGUUGGACGAGUUUUUAAAGCCUCGGAUUGCAGAUUUUGGACUCGCGAAAAUAAAUCAAUUCAAUUCAACUGAAUCGACCCAAAUAAUUGCAGGAACACAUGGAUAUAUAGCUCCAGAAUAUGGUUAUACACACAAAGUGAGCGAAAAGAGUGAUUUAUACAGCUUUGGAGUUGUACUGAUGGAGCUGGUAACGAGAAAGAGGCCGAUAGAGGAGGAGUAUGGGGAGAACAAAGACAUAGUAGAUUGGGUAUGCAGCAAGCUUAAGACUAAAGAAAGUGUGUUAAGCAUUGUGGAUUCAGCUAUCCCAGAAGUUUACAAGGAAGAUGCAAUUAAAGUUUUGAAAAUUGGGAUUAUGUGCACAGCCAGGGUACCAGCAUUAAGGCCUUCUAUGAGAACUGUGGUUCAAAUGCUCGAGGAAGCCAAGCCUUGUAAAUUGGUUAGCAUUAUUGUUAAUAAAGAUGGUGUCACCAAGAAUGAGGAACCCAUGGAAAAGAACUUUUAGCCGAGGGCCUACCGUUCCUUCAUGCUUGCCUGGUGCUGAUCUCAUUUGCGUUGUUAGCUUUCUUCGUGUUAUUGGGUCGCUUUUCUUGUAUGAUUUAUGACGUUCGGAUCAUUAGUACGGAUAGUCCUAAGUAGAACCAAUUUAAUUCUUUGAAGAAUCGGAACUUUGUACUUUCUGUUUGAUGAUCACUCUGAGGAUGUCUUCAGCAUACAGGGAUCGGGGACUGGCCGUAGAACCGGCAUUAGCUGUGAAAAUGGUCACCCAUGAAGUAGUAAUAUGUAACAUUUAUGUAAAUUUUUGAAGAUUGUCUCUGUAACAUAUUAGCCAGCCAAUUGUAGGCUUGAAGCAUUUGAUGUUUUAUGGAAUAAAAGGCAUGUCAGGUGCCAAAUAAAAGCACAAUUUUGUUCACUUA